AUGCCUCACGCGACGAGUCUUCCCGCGCCAGGCUUCCAGGCUCUCAUCCUGUGCGGGCCUGGAGCCUCCUUCAGCACUUUCACAUCUACGCCAAAGGAGAUACCAAAGGCCUUGUUGCCCAUUGCGAACAGGCCCAUGGUCUGGUACCCCCUAGAAUGGUGCUACCGCAUGGGAGUCACAGACAUCACGGUUGUGACACCGCCAGAGUCAUUAGAAGCCAUAGAGGCCGCCAUGUCGCAGAACCCACACCUUACCACCCUCCCUUCACCAAAGCCAGACAUCCUUGCGCCAAAAGACCUUUCACACCAGACCAGUACUGGCGACCUCUUCAGGCUACCAGAACUGCAGAGCGCGAUCAAAGGCGACUUUAUCGUACUGCCGUGCGAUCUCGUAUGUGAAUUGGACGGAACAGCGCUUGCAGACGCAUGGAUGGUCGAGCAGGGUGGCUUUGCUGGAGCCAGUGGUGGACUAGAUCACAACGGCGGCAAGAUCGCAUUCGGUGCUGGUGGCGAGAAGCUUGGACGAAGAGGUGGCAUGGGUGUAUGGUAUCAGACCAAGGGAGAGGGAAGCAGGAAGAAGGAAGAAACAGACUUCAUUGCGACAACACCAUUACCCACACCCAUCGUCCCAGUUCCAACAGACUCGCUACGCCGCAAUAUCUCGAAGCUCGUCUACUCAGUACCCACCGACACACUGAACGACAUAACCGAAGAGAACAAAACAUUUCCUCUGCGGCAUUCGCUCAUUCGCAAGCACGCGCGGAUAAGGAUGCUUACGACACACCGCGAUGCACAUAUAUACAUUUUCCCAUACUGGGUCAUGGAGAUGAUCAAGAAGAACGAGAAAUUCGAGAGCAUCAGCGAGGAAGUAUUGGGAUGGUGGGCAAAAGCAGGCUGGCAAGAAGGGCUCGGAGAUAAAUUGGGUCUGCGGCAAAUACUGCAGGGCGAGGACGAAGAGUCGGAUCAUGGCUCGCAAGUCGUCGAAGAAGAGAUCGAUGUUUCCAGGUUCAGCACCACAUACUCGGACAGCAACACAGAGACAGAAACAUCGGCACCCACCACGCUCGCAUCACGAGUCACAAAAUCCUCCAGCGUACCCAACUCGGCCAAAUCACUCACCUCGAAUUCUAAACUGACAGUACCACCAAUCCUAGCCUAUGUCCAACCUUCAGGCCCGAACGAACCGCUUAUUCGCCGCGUAGACGACUCGCAUCUGCUUCUAACUGUCUCCCUCCGCCUCGCUAAGCUCCCCUCAAUCGAAGAAGUCUCCAAGGAACUUGCAUCGCCAUUCGCGCAUCAGUCUAAGAUUGUCCACAAAGAAUCCAUACCCCGGAGAUGCCGCGUAGAAGCCGAGAACUCGUUACUUGCAGACAACGUUAUUGUAGAAGAGAAGACCAACAUCAAGGAAAGCGUCAUUGGACCGAACUGCAAGAUCAGUGAAGGCGCGAGACUAUUACGCUGUCUGUUGAUGGAUGGUGUGGAGGUUGGGCCUAAUGUACAGCUUACGGAUUGUAUCCUGGGACGGAGGUGUAGGAUGGAAGGUGGAGAUGCAAAAGAUGGCGACAAGACUGUUCUCAAGGACUGUGAAGUUCAGGAUGGGCAGGUUGUGGAGUGGGGUACUGAAGCGAAGAACGAGAAGUUUAUGCGCUUUGACGUGGGUGACGAUGUAGGCAGUGAGGGGUUCGGCGGAGACGAAAUGGAUGUCAUGGAUGGUGAAGAUGGCGAGGCCUGGCUCUCAUUCAUCAUGCCUCAGAUCAAGCGCAGACACGAUAAAGCUGCUCUACUACAGCACCUAUGUAGCGACUGUAAGGGCACUACCUCGUCCAAGAUGGAUUGCAAGAACCUUGAGAAACUCAUGUGCUUCUCCUGCUCAAGGCAAGACCAUUACAGCGGCGAAUGCAAUGAUGCGAUACGCAACGGCACCCCGUCACUGAGCAAGAUGCCCGUAGCACGCAAGGAAGUUCAAACACAAAUUGAUGAGUUGAAAACUCACUGCAAUUACAGUCUACGUCUGUUAAGAUCCUGCGGCUUCGUGAAGCACGCCGAUACCUUUGAAACACACAAGCCUGACCCACAUGGACUGAGAGAACCCUGGGAAGGAAGCAUGGUGGACUUGCAACCCACAUAUUACGAUUCAUCUCGUAAACUAACAAGACUGAAGCAGCAGCUCGAUUCAUGGAGAAGGUAUUGCCUCGAAAUUUUUGAAAAAGUCGAACAAGAUGGUCUUGCAGAAGCAGCAAUGAAUCCUUCUGUUCGCUGGCAUAUCGAUCCAAAUUUCCGAGCUAUCGAGAAAUUCAGCAAGAAAGUUCUGUCCAAGAUCCCUACGACCGUCCCUGCCACAUCGUCAUCAGUGAAGGCCUUCCUAGAGCGUAUGCACCAUGACAUCAAAGCCAUGGGUGCAAUGCGAGGCGAAACGCUCCACUGGAGAUACACCAUAGCAAUAAAGCUUAUCCACACUGCCGUCCGAUGGAGAGUGGCCAAUUCCAAUGAUGAGCAAGAAAUCUCACUAGUUGGAUAUGAAAAUAUAGAGAAGGUUACGCUAGACCAUUUCAAGUUGCUUGACAAGCAAUUUCAGAAGAUACUUGAGACGGGGUUGAUUAAGAAGGGGACUUUGCCGUAUGCUCGGACCCUGUUGUCUCAGAAAUACGUACCUCUUACCAUCAUCAAAGGCGCAGGCCAGGAGUACAUCCCCAUCCCAGAUGGCGAGAGCGCAAUGGUCGCAGACUUCCACUCCAUCCGAACUCAAACCACCGACUCUCCCACCUACAUAACGUCUGGCUUCUACCGCGUUCAAGCGGGCCCCGUACGCGACAUCCCUCAAUUUGAAUCUGAGGAGUCCAAAUACGUUCUCAAUGGUCAAAUCGACGUCUUGGACGAGGCAACAGGUAUCAUGCAUCACCUUGUUGCAGGCGACUUUGCUUUCUUCCACAAAGGGUCAAAGGCGCAGUUUUCAACAAAAAUCAUGCUGGCGCUGCUUGGUGAGAUGGGUAAUGCCGAGAUAUCUCCAGAAGACCAUGGUCGCGGGGCUGGCGUGCCGCUAACGUCAUGUGGAUGGACCCUUCGAUCUCGACAUUUACAUGUGGGCGCCACCAUCUCAACCCAUGCAUCGUUUAUUCUCAACACCACGAGGAUGGCGCAGUCGCCUCUAUCCGGCGUCAUGAUGCCGCCACGCUUCAAUAUCGAGCUGGACCGGACAGAUCCGGAUGUGCCCUUCCGCGCAUCUCAGUCGCACAUGCACCACACAUGGGCGCGGACGUUCCAUUCGCGGCCAGAGCUCUAUGUCCGGCCGCAGAGUCUCCAGGAGGUGCAGAAGGUUGUGAAUCUCGCGAGACGCAUGCGAAGACGCGUCGUCACUGUGGGAUGUGGCCAUUCACCCUCGGACAUGACAUGCACGUCGGCGUGGAUGAUCAACCUCGACGACUACAAGCAGGUGUUGAACGUGGACAAGGAGCGCAAGACCAUGACGGUGCAGGCUGGAAUACGCCUUCAUAAUCUCAACUUGCAGGCAAAGAGCCACGGCCUGACAAUGCCCAACCUCGGUUCCAUCGACGACCAGUCGCUCGCCGGAGCGAUUGCGACGGCGACUCACGGCAGUUCGUACAACCACGGCCUUCUCUCCGACCGCGUUCAGAGUCUCCGUAUUGUGCUGGCCAACGGCCAGGCGGUACGAUGCUCGCCCCAGCAAUCCCCAGACCUCUUCCGAGCGGCCCUGGUAUCGCUAGGCGCACUGGGCAUCAUUGUUGAAAUCGAGUUUCAGAUGAUCGAAGCAAACAACGUCGAAUGGGUUCAGACUAUACGGCCGAUUGAAGACGUUUUGGCUGAGUGGAACAACGGGCUUUGGACAUCCAACGAGUUUACAAGGGUGUGGUGGCUGCCCUACAUGAAGCGCGCAGUCGUAUGGCGGGCAGACAAGACAGACAAGGCGCACCGCCAGCCAGAAUAUAACUGGUAUGGCGGCAGCGUCGGAUUCCACACGUAUCACAUUCUUCUCUGGAUAUCGCAGUAUGUCCCGCGCUUCCUGCCUUGGGUAGAGUGGUUCGUCUUCGGCAUGCAAUACGGCUUCAAAGAUGGUGCUGUCAUCUCUGCAGUUGGCGAGCAGCGUACUGAACUCCUGAUGAAUUGCCUUUACUCCCAGUUUGUCAACGAAUGGAGCAUCCCUCUCGACAAGGGCCCCGAGGCUCUGACACGACUGACAAACUGGCUUCACGGCGACGAACAAUCUUCUGGCAUCCCCUUCAGCACAAAAGGCCUCUACGUCCACUCUCCCAUCGAGGUCCGUAUCGCAAACACCGUCAAUCGUGAACCACGUCCGUUCCUCGAUACCUCAUAUCCUGAUCAGCCCGCUCUGUACCUCAACGCUACCCUGUACCGCCCCUACGGUCAAGAUCCACCCUGUCGCGAACGCUACUACCAGGCCUUCGAACACCUGAUGAAAGAGUACAACGGCCGACCCCACUGGGCUAAGAACUUCCAAUCCGUUGACAACGCUUACCUCUCUUCCGUUUACGGUAACGACUUGGACGAAUACAUGCGCGUACGCAAUGAAGUAGACCCCGAAGGCAUGUUCCUUGGUGCCUGGCACCGCCGCACCAUCCUCCCAUCCAAGACCGAUCUUCCCCUUUUGCCCCUCGAGGAAAAGGAAGUCAUACGCCGCAACAGACGCACUGGUGGUGUAGACUGGAUCGGAGAGCAAGGCCGGUUCGAUGGCGGUCUCGAUGUAUUUGAGAAGGCGGGUAGCGAAAGUGAGUCUGGAGAGAGUUUUGAUUACAUGGCAGGCGCAGAGGCGGAGAGUAGUGUGCUUUUGGAGGGGUUAAGUGAUGAGCUUGUUGUCACCGAGGACAGUUAUGAGAGCCAUACCGAGUCGAGGCGAAGAGAGGGAACUGAGGAGUACAUUACGGGGACGAACGUCUUCAACAAGAUGUAA